AUGACCAAGCUGCAUCGCAGCCAGCGCCUCCAGGAGUUUAUCGACUUUGACCGAGACAAUUUGUACUAUCAUUCCAUGAAGUAUAUGCGUGAAGAGCGCAAAAAACGCAGAGGGGUCAAAAGGAACCAGGGGCAGAAAGAAACCCAAGUAGAAAGAAGGAAAGAUACCAUGGGGCAAGACGAGGGGGUGAGCCAUGAAACUAGAGGCCACAGGUACGUGAUUGAAUAUCCAUCAUCCCAGGAACGUGAGGACCCCACAACUGAACCAGAUCCUGAAAGUGGAUCUCAUGCCCCUUGUUGUGGGAUGUUCACCUGGACAUCAGAUUGCAAAUCCCAUGAAUCUGUUGAUGGUUCUGGACUGGAUUCUCUGUUUGCUUGUAGUCUUGGGAAGGGAUCAUCUGCGGACUGUGGGACCAGAUCGUGGUGA